AUGAGCCACACUCUAAAAAUUUUUCUCAGAAUACUUUACAACAGAAUUAAACGCAAAUCGAAGAAGAUCUUGAAGAUGGCCAAUUUGGUUUUAGAAAUGCUAUGGGAACCAGGGAGGCAAUUUUCGCCCUUAACAUUCUAUUACAAAAAUUCUGUGACCAAAGAAAAGACGUAUUUGCAUGUUUCGUAGACUUUGAAAAGGCAUUCGAUAAAGUACAGCAUGUAAAAUUAUUGCAAAUACUGAAAAAUAUCGGAACAGAUGACAAGGAUAUUCGUGUCAUUAAAAAUUUGUACUGGAAUCAAACCGCUAUCGUAAAAAUUGGAGAUAACUACACCGAUGAAAUCCCCAUACAUCGAGGAGUCAGACAAGGUUGCAUUUUGUCGCCAACAUUGUUCAAUGUUUACUCGGACCAGUUAUUUAAAAAGGCACUUGAGAGACAACCAUAUGGAAUAAAUAUCAACGGGGAACUACUUAAUGUAAUUAUAUAUGCGGACGAUACAGUAAUUCUAUCAGAUAAUAUUGAAGGUCUUCAAAUUCUGCUUGAUCGUAUUCACGAGGUAGGAGAGAAAAUGGGCAUUAAAAUAAACUCAAACAAAACCAAAUUUUUAGUAUUUAGUCGUGACUUACAUCCCGAUGCAAAGCUUCAAUUGAACGGAGUCCAAGUUGAGAAAGUUGACAAAAUGACAUAUUUGGGAACUGUG